GUUUCUCAAUCCUUUCACCCCCUCUAGAGUUUCAAUUGAAGAACUCGGAUAAUCCUUGAAUCGAAACCUAUAUAUUAUCGAUGUUUAGAUUCAUCUUCACAUGAAACCAUUUCUAUCUUCUCUAAACUCCCCACGGUCUCUGUUUGUCUCCUCUGUUGCUCUCACUCUCAAGCGCCAAAUCCUCCUUUUCCAUCCUCUCAAGCCAUUCUCAUCAACCUCGACUAUAAGAGCAACCAAAUGGAACUCGACUACGAAUGUCAUCAUCACUCACCCGAUUCUUCUAGUAAUGGAGUCUUGCACUUCGAUGAUCCAGUUGAAGCAAAUCCAAGCUCACAUGACCAGAACUGGUCUCAUUACCCACACAUUUCCUGUAAGCCGUGUAUUAGCGUUUUGUGCUCUUGCUGACAGUGGAGAUAUUAACCAUGCCUAUCUGCUAUUUACCCAACUUGAAUACCCCAAUACUUACAUAUGGAAUACGAUGAUCAGAGGAUAUUCUAAAGCCAUAAUGCCGGUUAUGGGGUUUUGUUUCUUUCGCCAAAUGGUUCGAGAACGGGUUGAAAUGGACGCUAGGAGCUGUGUUUUCGCACUGAAAGCUUGUGAGCAGUUUUCGAGAGUUUUACAGGGGAAAUCAAUUCAUUCGAUAAUUUGGAAAAUAGGUUUUUCUUGUGUUUUGUUAGUCCAAAAUGGGUUGAUUCACUUUUAUAGUGUGCAUGGAUGUUUAGUUUUAGCUCGUAAAGUGUUUGAUGAAAUUUCUGUAAGAGAUGUUGUUUCUUGGACCUCGAUGAUUGAUGGUUAUUCUGCGCAUAAUUGCUAUAACGAGGCUUUAAAAAUUUUCGAUUUGAUGUUAUUGAGUGAUGUUGAGCCGAACGAAGUUACUAUGAUUUCAGUUCUUUCAGCUUGCUCGCAAAAACGAGACUUGAGAAUGGGGAAGAGUAUACAUGAAUAUGUGAGAAGGAAGAACUUGAAUCGUAGCCUGAAUUUGAUGAAUGCAAUUUUGGAUAUGUAUGUGAAAUGUGGUUGCUUGGCUGAAGCCAGAGAAAUUUUUGAUAAAAUGGAAAUUAAAGAUGUAUUCUCUUGGACUAGCAUGGUUAAUGGGUAUGCUAAAAAUGGCGAACAAGAGUUAGCAAGAAAGUUGUUCAAUGAGAUGCCUGAGAAGAAUGUGGUUUCUUGGAAUGCCAUGAUUGCUGGCUAUUCUCAAAAUAACCAACCAAAGGAAGCUCUAGAAUUGUUUCAUGAUAUGAUGAAGGCUCGCUUAGUCCCACUGGAGAAUACUUUGGUCUGUGUUCUCUCUGCUUGUGGUCAGUUAGGGUAUUUGGACUUGGGUCAGUGGAUUCAUCUCUACGUAGUUAAGGAAGAACACUUAGAAACUAGUGUGAUAUUAGCAAAUGCAUUAAUAGACAUGUAUUCUAAGUGCGGAGUAAUACAUGCUGCUGCUAAAGUUUUUAAUGAAAUGAUGGAGAAGGAUUUGGUUUCUUGGAAUUCCAUGAUUGCUGCCUAUGCUAGUCAUGGGCAUGCCAAGCAAGCUCUCUUUGUUUUUGAGCAAAUGAUAAGCAGAGGAUUUAAGCCAGAUGAUAUUACAUUUGUGGGUGUCUUGUCAGCUUGCAGCCAUGGUGGACUUGUUUCUGAAGGCAGAGCAUAUUUUCAGGAUAUGGAAAGACAUUAUGGUAUAAAGCCCAAGGGAGAACACUAUGCUUGCGUGAUUGAUUUACUUGGUCGAGUUGGGCUUCUAAAUGAUGCUUAUCAGUUGAUAACUAAAAUGCCAAUGCAGCCAAGUGAAGCUGCAUGGGGUGCUCUUCUCCAUGCUUGUAGGAUGCAUGGCAAUAUUGAACUGGCAAAGCUUGCAGGUAAAAAUCUUAUGUUGUUGGAUCCUAACGAUAGCGGUAUUUAUGUCCUACUAGCAGCAACUUGUGCUACUGGCGGAAGCUGGGGCGAUGUGAGGUUCAUUAGAAGUUUGAUGAAGGAGAGAGGGGUUAAAAAGAUCCCUGGCCGUAGCUUGAUAGAGAUUGAGGGUGAGUUUCAUGAGUUUUUGGCCAGCGAUGAAUCACACCCGGAAGCUGAAGGCAUUUAUAAAGCAUUGGAUGAAAUAUUUUUGCUGUCCAAACUGGAAGAUUAUGUAACAAAUUCUUCUGAUUCAAUGGAACUUAGGAAUUGAUAAACCCUUUAAUGAAAUGAAUAUGGAUUUGGAUUUCA